AUGGAAGACAACUUUACUUUUACCGGUAAUUUCAGCACUCCAGCAGUAGCAGCAGUGCUUUCUGUUGAGACAGUAGCUGGUUUGGUUGCCAAUUUUAUCAUACUAUCUAUCACACUCUAUCAAAGGAAGUCCUUGAAACAACCAUCAACAAUAUUCUUCACUUCUCUCAUACUGGCACUUCUAGUAUUGCUACUGGUUUACCUUCCUCUGUCAAUCAUUGCAAUAGCAGCUGAAGAGUGGAUUUUUGGCAGUAGCUUUGAAGAGAAGAGUGCAACCUGCUCUUUUGCUGCGUACAUUUUCUGGUAUUGUCUAAUGGUCAUAACGUUAACACUAGAUGCUAUAUCAUUUGAUCGGUUUCUCUUUAUUGUCAAGCCACGUCUUCACAAGCGGUUCAUGAGACCCUGGUUCAUGAAUGAACAGUCUCUAUCGACUACACCUGAUGCCUAUACAUCUCAAAAGAAAAGACUCUUUGGAAUAUUUGGGUCAAUGCUGAUUGUCUAUGGGAUAUGCUUCACCCCUGGUACCAUUAUGAUUAUUUUAAUUCCUAUUGUUGACUCUCCUGCUGAAUUGUUCGUGACCAGCUAUGUUUGCAUUCUCUUCAUUACUGUGGCUAAUCCUAUAGUGCAGUCUUACUUCAGGCCCGAGAUUAAGACUGUUGGUGAGUGGAUUUUUGGUAGUACAGAUGAGGAGAAGAGAGGGACGUGUGCCUUUGCCGCCUUUAUAGUUUGUUACACUGUCCUAGUUCAAUCAUUCACACUAGCUGCUAUAUCAUUUGAUCGGUUUCUCUUUAUUGUCAAACCACAUCUUCACAAGCGGUUCAUGAGACCCUGGGUAGCACUGACCCUCACCAUUGCUAUAUGGAUACUGUCUGCUCUAUUUGGCUCUACUCCAUUCUAUGGGCUAGGAAAAUUUGCGUACUUACCAAAUGUUGGCACGUGCUCUCCUGCAUUUACUGAGUACUUUUUUGUUGGCUAUUCUGCAGCCAUAGAAGUUGCUGUUUUUCUUUUCAUCAUUAUCACUUCUGUAUGGACAUUUUGUUUCACGUAUAAGUUCAUACGUGAUCAAUCAGCAAUUGGAGAAGAGAGUGUGUAUUUGUCACGAAAGAAACGACUGGUUGGGAUAUUUGGUGCAAUGCUUCUUGUCUAUGUAAUUUGCUUAUUACCUAUUUUUACUGUGGCGAUUCUUUUUCCUGUUGUUGACAUUAGUAGUCACGUCGUAGCUUCUGUUGUCUUUGUCUUGCAUUUGUUUACUGUCAUUAACCCGCUAGUUCAGUCUUAUUUUAGACCCGGCUUCAAGGACUUAAUCCUGACUGUUGUCAUGAAGUGGCCAAAACGUAGGCUAACAAAUGCAAUGCUGAGAUUAAACCGAAUGCCGAAUCAGUCCAACUAAUCCUGUCAUUAUCAUCAGUAUUAUUUAUUUUUAGCAGUCUUA